AUGGAUUUUGCAUCUCCACCCGAGCCGGAACCCGAGCCGGAGGCUGUGCCAGAGGCACCUCCAUCCGAAGACGCCUGCGACGAUCCGGAAAUCCCGUAUAAAGAGAAAAGCGCCUGGACUGGGCAAUUACGCGACGCAUUUGAACGGAGCCUAGUCGUUCCCGGUCCGCAAAUCACCGACUAUAACUUCACACCACCCGAGAAUACCGGGUCCUGGGAAGACUUCACCCCUGUGUUUCUCGAACAAGCUCAACUAUACGUGCUGGCCGACAAAUAUUGCAUAGACUCACUGUGCCAGCUGGUACUUUCUAAAUUGCAUCAAACAUUAAGAAGCUUCAAACUUUAUGAUACGGGCGUGAGUGGUAUCAUUGAACUUGUUCGAUUUGUCUACAUGAAUACACCGCCAAAUUGCGGUGAAAAAGUUGAUGCCAUGAGGAAUUUUGUAACACGUUACGUUGUUUCUGUUCUUGGUCAAAUUGGUGAGAAUGAAUGUUUCCGAGAGAUUUUAGAAGAAGGCGGUCCUUUCGUUAGUGAUUUCUGGCACACCAUUUGGGGUAUUGAGGAAAACUCUAGCGCAUGA